ACGUUCAGGGGUUUUCGGGUGACUUUUUUCUGCCCUGGCAGCCAAUGAGCGCCCCGAGGGAGCGCAUCUUCCCCCGCAGGAAGCGGGGCCCCGGCCGACUCCUCGUUGGACGCGGUGGAGAUGGCAGCCAACUUCACCUGCAGCUUCGCCACACUUUGCUGUUUAGCAGUCUGGGGCUUCUCCAGGACUUCAGCUGCCUACAUACCACCACCACAUUCAACCACGAAACCUGGCUUCCCUGUCCCGGUGAACACCAACAACCCUGGCGUGCGCAAGGCAGCUCGCUUCGGGGUUUACAGAUACAACAACAGUUCCAACGACCUCUUUCUGUUCAAGGAAUCACAAAUAAACAAAGCCAUGGUACAGAUUGUCAGAGGGCUGAAAUACAUGCUGCACGUGGAAAUUGGACGCACCGUGUGUGAGAAGAGGGAGCACUCCAGCCUGGACAGCUGUCACUUCCAGAGGAAAAAAAACCUGCAACGGAUGCUGAGAUGCUAUUUUGAGGUCUGGAUAAUGCCUUGGUUACAUAAAGCUUAUGUCCCUGUUUCUCUUUGUCACUGACUCACCUUUCCCCACGAGAACCUCACUUACAGGGGAUCUAUCAGCAUGAGUUUCUCCUUACCUGGACUAUCAAGGCCAAAACUGAAGCGGACAGAACCACCACAGAGCUUUUCUCUCAAAGCACACCAUUAUUUUCCCCCUGAGAAAGAUGCUUAAAAGUGACAAAGAAAAGACCCGCCUUCACCGACUUUAUUGCUGUCCAAGUUUUGUAUCUGUUUUUCCAAAACUAAACUGCAGACCAGA